AUAUAUACUUGUAUAUGUUUUUUUUUUAUAGGUGUGUGUGUGUAUGUAUGCAUGCAUGAGACAAAUAAAUAGCGUUAUCUUUUAUCAUAGAAAAUGCAUUUUUAAUUUUAAUACAUUAUCGUUAUAAAAUAGAAUUUGUCUUUUUGUCCACAAUCUGCAGAAUAACUUAUACAAUUCUCGGAAUUACCGUUCGGUGUUCCAUAUUAAUAAGCGUCAGAAAAAAAAUUUUCGACAAAAAUUUAUAAUUGUUCGAAUAAUUGUACGUUUCGUGAAACAUUUUAUUGGUAAAAACGAUAAUAAAACCGAGAAUACGAUUAUUAUCAGAUAGCUCUCAUUAUCAUAAUAUAUGUUAUUCACGCGACAUUUACAUAUAUGUAACUCAUUCUUUUUCUGUUUAUUUUAUCGACAUUUUAAUCUUGCAAUUAGAUUAGCGUUAUGCAAUUUAAAAAAAAGUUUGAAGGAGCUAUAACGCGAUAUAAACCGAUGUACGAUAAUUGAACAACAAAUCAGACUAACUUAAAUUGCGUUGCAUGCAGUUGGAUCAAGCAUAUAUCCGUGGAGAUCCAUUUUUGGCGCGGAAUGAGUUCUCUCAUCACGGAACUCUGCGCACGAAGUUGCAACGUGAUUACUCAUACCUGUUUUAACAUAUUGUAUUGCACGCGAAAAUGGAAUUGCAUUGUAAUGCAUUAAGUAAUUGUAAAUCGAAGAUAAUGAUCUCUUCCAUCUGCGUCUGUGCUAGUUUUCCAUUUAUCUUUAACUUUUAACUUAUAAACAUUUUAAAAUAUAAUUCGCGCACUUAAUAAUAAUGACAAAAAGGGGAAUCGGAAUCGAACGCGUUAUAAAAAACGCGUAGGCGAAAUUUAUCGAAUACCUUAAAAAACAAUCAGGGCCGUGUGUGGGCGAAAUUUAAAGUGGGGCUGAAGGUCGCAUGCACAUACUGGAUAUGGUGGGGUCCUCGCGUCUUCAUCAUCCUGUGUGAUCGCGGGUAAUUCGUUAGUCUUCUCUUUGCGGUUCCGCCGAACAUAAAGUUGCAAGUAAAGAGAAAAUAGCAGCAAAAUGCAUUACUCGCAAGCCGCAGCCUUGCUCAUUCUUCCAUUCGUCGUGAUGAUCAACGGCAGUCAGUAUAUUCAGUCGCGAAUUGUUGCGUCUGGCGGUUGCGAAAGCUACACGUGUGGAGUCAACGCGAGAUGUACAAUGAGCGAAGGACGGCCAGUAUGUUCCUGCUACAAUCUACAUAUGGGGGACCCUCUUGCGCGAUGCGUCCGGGUUGAAUGUUUAAUCAACGACGAUUGCCCAUACAACAGAGUAUGUACAAAUAACAGGUGUGUCGAUCCUUGCGUGGGACUAUGCGGCGUAAAUGCGAAUUGUGUGACCAGAAACCACAUAGGAACCUGCCAGUGCCUACCAGGACACGAUGGUGAUCCGUUCUCGGGUUGUCAAGUUUCGGAUCCUCAAGCAGCUUGCAAACCAAGUCCGUGCGGGGAGAAUACUCAGUGCGAGGUGAUCAACCAAGUGCCAGUGUGCACUUGUCUACAUGGUUACAGAGGAUCCCCCUUGGCUGGAUGUCGUCACGAAUGCGAGACCGACAGCGAGUGCCCUCAACAUCUCGCGUGUUCGUCAUCGUUCAGAUGCGAGAGCCCCUGCAAAUGCGGAGACAACGCGGAAUGCGAAGUCGUAAACCACCAAGCAAAGUGUACAUGCCCAAAAACAUGGGUGGGAAAUCCGUACGUCUCCUGUCGACCGGAGUGCACCGCCCACUCCGAGUGUCCACCGUCGAAACCUGCCUGUCUCUAUCAAAAAUGCGUGAAUCCGUGCGAUGGCGUUUGCGGAGUGAACGCCGACUGCAACCUACGCGGAAUCACACCCGUUUGUAGCUGUCCGAGGCACAUGACUGGCAAUCCUUUCGUUAGCUGCAGAUUAUUCGAACCGCGUGAUCUCUGCGAGCCGAAUCCUUGCGGCUCGAACGCGAUUUGCACUCCAGGCCACGAUAAUACCGGAAGGGAGAGGCCGGUGUGCACGUGUCCCAACGGUUACAUCGGCAACGCCCUGACGAGCUGUCAACGUGGGGAGUGCUUCACCGACAGCGAUUGUUCCGACAAUCGCGCGUGUAUUGACUACACGUGCAGCAACCCGUGCACUGGUCGCGAAUGCGGUCCGAGCGCUACGUGUACUCCUCGACAUCAUAUCGCAGUCUGCACGUGUCCGCAGGGAACCAGAGGCGACGCUCUUUAUACCUGUAAUCCGAUCGAGAGUAAAUCGGUGUACAAUUACGGCCGCGCCUAUCGUUACCGUUACUAGUCACAAAACGGUACCACCGAUUCCACUUUUUUUAAAUACUCGACUCUCUCUUUCUCUCUCGUUUAAUUUUAUCAAUUAUUUACUCUUAAUUUAUAGUUGCACGCAUAUUUUUUUGCGUAAGAUGCGAGAAAGUGACCGCGUCUCUAUUCUAAUAAACGAUAGUAACAGAGCAAUCUAUUUUUUUAUAACAUAAUACUAUGCUAUUUUUUCUGUGUUCACCAUAGAUCUCUCAAUAAAGUGUUCUAUAUAUUUUUUUCUACAAUUGCGGCUGGUCGCAGACUUACUGUUUAAACUUUUAAUAUAAAAAUAAAUGCAUAGACGCGCGAUUUAUAUCAUAUAUCUUAAUAUAUCUCAGUAUAAUAUAAAGAUGAACUUCUGCCCAUUUUCGCUAUCAUUUUUUGUUCUUGUAUUCUUACGUACAUAGAUUUAAUAUAUGUCUCUACAUAUACACAACAUUUUUAUAAUCUUAUAUUAAAAAGAAAUUUGUGCAAUACUAUAAUACCUAUGUUUAAAAAAUACAAACUAUGUUUAAUUAUGUCUCUAAACAAUUUUUAUUGCAGAAUUCAACUUUAUGCACAUAUUUAGUCAAUGGAAUGCACAAUGGUUAUAAAACUAGCGGGGAAAUUUAGGACAAAUUGCUUGCCAGUGUGUACUAUUAAAAAAAUAAAUAAUAA